AUGCCAUACACUGCGCCGUUGAAGACGUUGCUCUCCGCGCAGCACAUUGAAUACUCCCAACCAACCGAAGUGCCUUCUGAGCGGCCCGGUUUGGCUCGCUCCACGUCGGCACGGGUUCAGAAUUCCCGUUCGUAUUCCUCUACCUCAUAUACUCGUCGUCAUCGGAGGAGCCCUUCGAACACCAAAUCGAUAGUGCACUCCGCUCCAGAAACCCCAGCCCGGGCCUCCCCCUCUAUCGAUCCACAUGCUAGUCUCCGUCAGUCCCCACCACCGAUAAGCAAUGCUAUCAUCCCUCCUGGGGCCGUAAUCUCACCUCCUGAGUCCGGGCCGAACUCAAGUGAUGAGGAAUCACCACACCGGCAUAGCGAGGGUGUCAAGUUUGACGAGCUGGAGGCUGCCGUUCGAUCAAUCAAAUUGAGGAGGGAGAGUUCACCGGAAAGAAUGGCUCCAUCAGACCAGCCAGAAACGCCGGCUCGGCCCUCGUCCUCGAGUCCGCCGUCGACCACUGAGGCAAGGCCCACUCGGCCCAAGCUCCCUCACCUACCAUUGUCCAAAGAAGCUCGCAAGAUCAGUCACUCUCGAUCAUCCACUGAAACAGCCAUCGAUUUGGCUCGAGAAUCGGCACUUACUAGCUCGCCCGAAGAAAGUGACAUGGAGAUGUCGUCCAGGCCCCCAAUGGUCCGCAAGAAGUCAGGUGAGCUUGUUCGACCUGCUCUACGCCCUUCUUCCUCACGGCGACGACCAUCCAGCAUGCCGGGUACUCCCGUCUAUUCUAAGGCGGUGCACUUCGACGCCCACUUGGAGCAUAUCCGUCACUUCCUCCAGCUGGACAGGCCAUUAGCUGUCAGCACAGAGACGUCACCAGUUGAUGACCACGAUGCCAAGGGUGAGUUUCCCUUCGGCUCUGCUGACUUGCUCGGUCCGUCGUGGGAAUGGGAGAUCAAGCUCGCCAAUUGGCCUAAGGAUAUCUCAUCACGUGCCAAUCGUCCCGUCCGCCUCGAGCGAUUGUUCCUAUCGGCCGAUAAGAGCACUUUGAUCGGCACUGUGGCAGUGGCGAAUCUUGCUUUCCACAAGAAUGUUACUGCUCGUUUCACUCUGGAUUAUUGGAGGACUACCUCGGAGGUUUCAGCGGCAUACUGCCAUGAUGUUCGCCGGCAGCAAGCUGCCGAUGGGUUCGAUCGCUUUUCAUUCGAUCUCAAGCUGAACGAUCAAGCCAAUCUGGAGAAGAAGACCAUGUUCAUGUGUAUCCGCUAUAACGUGGAUGGACAGGAAUAUUGGGAUAACAAUGAUUCGGUGAACUAUCAGGUCGAUUUCCACAAAGUGCCCAAGACCACCACGGGCAAGCCUGCAAAUGGCGGAUCUCGCCCUGCUCUUCCACGCAGCCGAUCAUUCACCAGCUCUCAUGCCAUGCAAUCGCAGUCCAAGCCGCCUACCUACGAUUUCCCCGAGCUCAGCGAGAAGACGCCGUUCACGAACCCUUUCAAUGAUACGAAUGGUGGCCCCUUGGCUCGCACGCCCUCGGAUGACAUCGAUACGGUCGCGCCGCCCAAACGCCGUGAAAAAUCCAACCGCCAGGCAUUUGGGAACCGGUACGACUUCGGAGCGUCGUUAUCUGCUGCUAUGCGGUCAAAGGCGCCUCUGGAUCGGACCGCUCUGACUGCCCGUGCAAGAUCCGGGGAGACUGUGGAGCCCGAGAUCUCCAAGCCGACUAAGAAAAUACCCAGUUUUGAGCAGGGCCAUGGUUCUGCAGUGAGCGAUAAUUUCCGCGCUGGAGGUCGUGUGGGAGAUCUAAAACCUUCCUCUUUGGUAUCUAGCAAGCCACAGCUCGAGUCUUCCGUGUAUCAGGAGUUGGUCGAUAAGUACUGCUUUUAUGGGUCUCCGCAAGGAUCGAACCUGAAGACACAAGCAUCGAUCUCCAGCGGUCGUGAGGGUGAGGCCCCAAAGCAUAUCUCCGCCCCAGCCUGUCCUUCGCCGCCGUUGUCUCCUCGGUCUCUUGCUCCUCUCGGUGCUCCCGUUAGCCCACGUACCUCUCCACUGCCCUCAGCCUCCCCCAUGGCUUUUCGCCAUCCCUUCCACCACAAUUUCAUGAACGACCCUCACUCUCCAACGGUCAUUAGAGGGUGA